AUGCUAGGAUUCCUAGCUCCUCUGGCCGCGCUCGCCUUCGCCGCCACGCCUUUGAGGCAAUCUCCUCGGGCUCCUGUCCGCACGCCUCUGGCUCUCGCCUGCGCUGCGCCGCUGCAGCACCCUGUCCGUGUCUACAUCGAAGACACCGAUUGCUACGGCGUAGUCUUCCACGGCAAUUACCUCCGGUUCUUUGAGCGGGCGGCCAUGUCCGCACUCGUCGGUCUGCCAAACGCAGAGAGGCUUCUCCGCACCGAGCGCUCGAGCCUCGGCCUGGUCUCCGUCACUGGGAUGAAGUGCUCGACGGCGGCCAAGCUUGGCGAUGACUGCCACGUAGAGGUGUCACCGCAGGGCAUCGACGCAGCUGGCCGCCUCGCAUACGCCGCGGUGCUGGUGCGGGCGGACGGCAAGGCGCUGUGCUCAGCGAGCGACCUGCGCCUCGGCUGCAUCCGCGACGGCCACGUCCAGGACGACUGGCCGCUCCCCUCUACCAAUUCCUCGCGCGACUUCCCAGACGCCCCGGCGGGCAGUGAGGCCGUGCUCGGCGCAGCGCCGCCCGCAGGCGAGGCGCCAGCGGUCGCCGCGGCAGACGCGCCGCUCGCGCUCCAUGUUGACGAGUGCUCUGCGCUUGGCACGCUCUCGGUGCACGCAGCGGUGAGCAACACGCGGCAGCACGGCAGCACCACCGGGCAAGAGCUUCGGCUGUGGUGGGUCGUCUCUCUGCCGUCAUCCACGCCGUCCCUUGGCGCAGGUGUCAACGUUGUCGUCGCGCGGCUGGGCCUGCGGCUGCUGCCAGAGGCGCACCGCACGUUUGCGGGCACGCCACUCGAGCUGCGGUGCCGCGUCAAGCUCCGGGCGCGCGGCACCCAGGUUUUCUUUGAGCAUUGGCUGCUGCGGAGAUCCGACGGGGCGCCGCUCGCGCGCGGCGAUGUGACUUGCCUAUGCAUCGACAGCGCGAGCUUUCGGAUCGUGCCUGCCCCCCCUGUGGUGCGGGAACGGCUGGAGCUGUGA